AUGUUCUACAAUUUUCAUCCAUAUCAGGCAAGGUCUAGUUUGUUCUCUCUCUCUCUCUCUCUCUCUCUCUCUCUCUCUCUCUCUCUCUCUCUCUCUCUCUCUCUCUCUCACACACACACACACAUGCACACACUCUCUCACACGCACACUAUUUCUCUCUCUCUCUCUCUCUCUCUCUCUCUCUCUCUCUCUCUCUCUCUCUCUCUGUUUCAUUAUCUGGGCCCUCAUCCUACCUACACCUUAACCAUAUUCCAACCCGUAAUUCUUCACUCCUUCCCUCUCUACUCCAAAUGGGAUCGGAGAGAAGAAAUUAUAGACGGGGGGGAAACAGCUGGCUUCUUCAAAAUUGAGGGCAGAAGCCUCAUCUACUACAUAUCUUUUCUCUCUUUCUUUUUUUCUUUCUUCUCGUCAUUCUUUUGUUUUUCUUUCUAUCGCUUUUUUCCAUUUUUGUUCCGCCGCGACGUUGCAGACAAAUUUGUCCACCUUUAA